AUGUCUUCUGAGCGCCUCGAUUAUAUCAGGGGAUUUCUGGACACCCUCUACACAGACGAUGAAUUUCUCAACUCUUUUCUCGACUGCAUUAUCGACCCCCAAAAUAAUGAUGGCUUUAAACUGCUCAAAAACAAAGGAUUCGAGUUUCAACCCGGAGAUUACAAUCUUCUAGGGCAGCUUCGUGUCCCGAACAAACACUUCGAAGUCCGUCUAGCUGGCGGCGCUUAUCGAUUCCAUACCAACGAAAACCGGUUCUGGGAGUUACUAGUUGAUUCCAAGGCAAAGGCCAUCUACAUUGACGCCAACCUCGUUGAAAACCAAACCAUCGAUGAUGAAGGCCAUGUCUGCUUCGCUUAUGCCGAAUACAACUUUCGGCUGCGAUUCGAAGUCCCCUGGAUUCUAGGCGAGGAGCGACCAAAUCACUUUGGCUUUUCAGGGCAAAUCACAAAAGCAGAUGGAGCGUCAACCCAAUCCAUCCUGGGGCAUCGCAUCUUCCCAAAAGGAAAUGCUUUCAGCCCUGAUCUGCCUACCAAUCCAGACCUUCCAUCCAGCCAGACGGCGUCAGAGGAGUUGAUGGAGAAGGUGGACAGGUUCAUGCGCGAAUUGACAGGCAAAGCGUACGCCGUGAACAUAGACCUGAUCGAGACGUGCAGGCCAAACGGCGGCGGCAGCAGCAGCACAUCGGCAGCCAAUUUAUCGGAUGCGUUUUUAAUGCUGCCCAGUCUCCCAAACGGAGAGGAAUUAUUGACUGCCACCAAUGGUGUCUUUUCAUCGGCCGGACUCGCUUUUCGCGCCACUGAGACGUCUGGUAAAGCGUGGGCUGCGGCGCUUGGAGGAGUGUUGGGAGCCACUGGAUCUUUGCUUACUACGUCGGUGAAAACCAGACUUGUGGAUGACGGCCAACGGCGAAUGACAAAUGAUAUCCUGAUAAUCAAGGUGCGCAAUGUCGAGGACAUGUUGAGUGAGAAGGGACGGGAGUUGGUCAACAACGUAGCAUUAUCAGAGCUGAGGAAUAGAGAUUUCGUGGACCAGGUCCGGAAACAGUUCCGCGAUAACUACUAUAUUCCCUGGGCAAAGCUGAAUAUGAACACAUAUCUUCGCUCAGCAUACUGGACUAUGCGCAAAUUCUGGUACAAUGCUUGGUUGAACUGUUACAACAAGGCACUGGCCAUUCGUUUUGAUGAGAACAUGCCCAAGGCUUCGAUGGAUGCAUUGUUCAAGCAUUUCAUGGAGCAACGGUGGGCAACAGAUGUUGCCCCCAGUAGAAUCAAGGAAAUUUCACAGGAGAUUACAGACAAAGAAAGGGAACACGACGAGAAGAUAGCAGCUAUUGAUCGUGAGAAACAUCUAUCAGAAGAAGACAAGGAAAAGAAAAGGGAAGACGUGAGGAAGGAAUUUAAGCGACAAAAAGAAAAACUGGAAGAGGAACAAAGCAAGAUUGACCACGAAACCAAGGAUAUUGACAAUCGCAGAAAGAAUGAGGUGACUAAGAAGCUUCUCGAAAGCAUCAAGCACGAUGCCGAGGAGGCGAGGCAACGAGAGUUACGAAGAGUACGAGCAGAAGAGAAAUUUCAUUAG